UUGACUACAUCCAGUUGAAAGUGCCAGUUAUUCAGCAGCUGUACCACUGGGACUGUGGGCUAGCCUGCUCCAGGAUGGUGUUGCAAGGAACAUGAGCUUAGGUGCAGGAGAGUGAAAUACCUAUUUAGAUGUCCACUUAGUAGCUAUGAAGCAGAAGAUUUUCAUUUCUCUCCAUCCCUUCUGCCAAGACGUUAGUCCGUGUGCUGGUACAUGAAUCAUUUGGAUGACGAUGAGUUUCAGAAGGCCAUCCGGGAACUUCGAUUAACAAAGAGCAUCUGGACCAUUGAUCUGGCCUACCUAAUGCGGCACUUUGGCGUGAAGCAUCGGUUCUGCACACAGACGCUUGGAGUGGACAAGGGCUAUAAAAACCAGUCAUUCUACAGGAAGCACUUUGACACGGAAGAGAACCGGGUGAACCAGCUGUUUGCACAAGCCAAAGCCUGCAAGGUGCUGGUGGAGAAAUGCACGGUGACUGUCCAGGACAUACAGAAGCACCUGUCCCAAGGUCAUGUAGCCAUUGUUCUGGUGAAUGCAGUCCUGUUACUGUGUGAACUUUGUUCAAGCCCCGUCAAAUAUUGCUGCUUCCUCCCCAUUGGCCAGAAGUGCUUCUGCAGGAACCCUGACUACCAGGGCCAUUUUAUUGUUUUGUGUGGCUACAACAAAGCCUCAGGGAGUAUCUACUACAACAACCCUGCCUACGCUGACCGAACAUGCAGCACCAGUAUCAGUAACUUUGAGGAAGCCAGGACAAGUUAUGGGACAGAUGAGGAUAUUCUCUUCAUCUACAAGGACAGCUGACAUCCAAGUCUGGAAGAAAAUGAACUUGUCAGCUUGUGACACAGCGAUGGCAGAAUCUUUUUAGUUCUGUUGCAUUAUGAGAAUGAAAUGUAUUUACUGUAGCCCAUUUCCUGUAUAAUCUCAGCUGGACUGCCCUCACCACCUGU